AUUAAGUCCCAUUCAUGAACGAAGUCCAGCUUUGUGAACCGAUUCAACCAAUUCAUCACAAAGAUCCGAUUCUAAAGAACGAUUCAAUGGCGAAACGGACAUCUCUAGUACUAGAUAGGCAGCUCACGGUGUUUUGAAACACAGCCGGUGUCUGAGCAUGUGCUGUUACUGCUGCAGUGGAGUAAAAUAUGUCAGUUAUCACCGGACAGCAGCGAGAGGAGAGAGAGAGAGAGAGAGAGACGGCCACAAAUGCACCGGUUUUCUGUGUAAUUCUUUUGUUUUACACCAAAAUGAGGCCCGGCUCCUCUAGUUCUACAUCAGCGGAAGAAUAAUAAGUUAGUUCCCAAGGCAGCAUUUCUAAGUACAUGGCCAUCCACGGGACUCUUCGGACCAGGCAACCUUCUUCCACUGCUCCGAGGUCCAGUUCCGAUGCUCAUGUGCCCAUUUAGACCUUCUGUUGGCUCAGACCAGACGGGAUAGCCUUCGUUGCCCUUGUGCAUCGAUGAGCCUUGGGCACGAUGAACAUCGAUGAACACCCUGUCGCCGGUUUGUGGUUUGUCCCUGCAGUCCGGGAGCAACCCACAAGCCUUGCCGUUUCAGAGUACAUGAGUACCACAUCGGCAUUGACAGCUGAUCUCAGUACCGCUCUCCUUGGACUCUGACAGACGGUGUUGAGUGUGGACAUUGAGACUGCCAGUCAGCAGGUUGGCCUAAUAACUCCACAUCCACAUAAAAGGAAGAUGAUCACCAUGGCAACCACAGUGACCCCUGAGCCACUUACUGCCCUCUCUCGGUGGUACCUGUACGCCAUCCACGGUUACUUCUGUGAAGUCAUGUUCACGGCUGCCUGGGAGUUUGUGGUGAACUGCAACUGGAAGUUUCCCGGCGUGACGAGCGUGUGGGCGCUCUUCAUCUACGGAACCUGCAUCCUGAUCGUAGAGCGCAUGUAUCUUUGUCUGCGGGACCGCUGCAAUGUGCUGCUUCGCUGCAUCAUUUACACAUUGUGGACAUACCUGUGGGAGUUCGGCACAGGUUUGCUGCUGCGGCAGUUUAACGCCUGUCCGUGGGACUACUCUGAGUUUAAAUAUAACUUCAUGGGCCUGAUCACAGCAGAGUACGCUGUGCCUUGGUUCUGCGCCUCCUUUAUCGUCGAGCGCCUAGUGAUACGCAACACGCUCCGGUUGCGCUUCGACGAGGUUGUCGAGCCCUGCCAGGCUGAGGAACAGUCGGACAGAGGCGGUGGAGGAGGAUCAGGCAGUGGGCGGAGAGAAAGAGGAGCCAGAGCAGGGGCAACCAGCUCAAACGGCUACGUGAAGGUGGAUUGAGGAGGUUUUCAACAUCUUCUCACCAUCUCAAACCUCCCGUCACCCAUGACUCUAUCCGCACAUCUCAGCCUCUUUCCCAAAUGCUUCCAGGGAAAGAGUCACUCGGAGACAGUUGCGCAACUGUGAGGAACUUUCUGAUUUAUUAUAUAUCGUCCAGCUGGCGUGGAGGGACGCUCAUUUGCCACCUUAUUGCUCAACAUUUACUGUCCUCACUUCGGGCGAGUAGCGGUUAAGUUCAAGGUUUGUCAGUAGGAGUGGUGCCUGGUGGCAAAAUGAGAACGAACCCUCCACCUCUCCCACCAUACCUCCCAAACCAGUCCAUCCACUCUGGGAGGGGACAUACAAAAUGACUUGUGUUUCCUUGUUCCAAAAAAAAAAAAAACAACCUGUGAAAACCAGGAACGCAGACACAUCACUUGUAGAGAAACGAAAAAGAUAUAUAUCAAGUGCUUUUAAAAAAAGCAAGUCCUUUUAGAUUAUAAACAGUGUCCAUGAUGUAUAUGGUAGUAGCAAAUGCAAGUAACUGUUAGGAUAAAAGCUUACCUUUUGAAUGUUAGUUUGUGCUAUUUAUUAAUAUCUAAAAUGUAGUUAAGAAAUGUCAUGAUAAUAUAUUAAAAAUGUAUUGUAUAUAUAUAUACUGUAUAACCUAAAGCAAUGCCUUGUACUUGAAUUUGGUGUUUUUUUAUAUUCAUCAAAAAAUUUCAGUGCUUGAGCGUGCAUGAAAGUUGUCUUCCAGGAGAUUUUUUUUCAUACUGAAACUGAUCUUCGAUGUUGUGUACUAUUUAUUUCCUCCAUAUUUUUGUUGUUUUAUUUUCUCAUGGAGAUGAACACACAAAGGAGUACUGUAUUGUUACAUAUAUAGAGUCCUGGUGCUCAGUACUGAAACCAUGAAAACAUCACAGCAUCCUGUGUUUUCACUGGAGAGAAUGUUGUUGUUGUUGUGUGUUCAUGAACUGGUGCUAGAUUCUCAAGGAAUUGUUUUGAGGGAUCUAACAAUGGUCACGAUAAAGGCAUUAAUUAUAGGUUCACUAACCUCAGGUAUGUCAAUGUUAAUUAUUUCACCUCCGUCUCUCAUAUGCCAUUAAAUAAUGGAUGAAAAUGAA